AGGGCAUCAGUAGUACAGAUGGAGUUCUUGCUUGUCCACUUGCAGCGACGUCCGGAUUUUCAGAGGUGGACGAAGAAGACGCGGCUUCGUCGCCGGGAGCUGGGCCCUCCAGCAGUACAGCGGCGAACCCAGAUAAGUUCAAAAAAAUGAUUGACCUGCGCUGCAUGCCGGGUCGCCCCGGUCACCUCUUCCAUUCGGAAUGCCUGUACACGUGGCUCCACAAGUGCAUCGAAGAAGAGAUGAGCCGAUACAAUGCACAGGCCGACGAACGGCGAGGGUUCUUGGAAACGACCACCGCACGUUGCCCGGUAUGCCGGCAGCAGAUUUCCCGGGAAGCGACCGUGGACCUGCUGGACCUGGCCCAUGCAGAGGGCCGCCAGAAAAAGGAGUUUCGCGAGGUGGAAAACUCUUUCCUGGAGGAAUUUUGUCUGAAAGAAGCGGAGGGUCAGCUGGCAGCCGUUGCGCAGAUUGACGCGCAGCUGACGGCACUAGCAGCGGACCACCAGAGCACCUCCGGCUCGUUGCUACUAGGAGGUGCAGCUGGGUCCACAGGGGCCUCUUUCGCGAGCUCACGCUGCAGUGGCAGCGGCCGUGGCGGGUCAUCUUUUUCCGCGGCGACGCUUCCAUUGCCCUACAGCUUUUGUGGCACAAACUACACGACUUCGGUGGACGGUGCGGCUGCACCCAUGAUAUCCAGUCGACAGCAGCAUUUAGGGCGGAAAAAUCGGCAAAUAGCAUCAUUUUUGUGAGCGCGCAUUUUGGGGGGGCAAAAAAAUUAUGGCUGUUGGGGGUGUCGCUACUGCUUUUUUUCCUGUUGGCCAUUUAGAUGCUGGCGCCACUCUUCGUUGCCACGGUCCGCCAUCCGGCCCCCCCCUUUUUGAAAUAAAACCACAGCACUUUGUUGCAGUUGCACAGGCCUGCGGCCCUCUGGCGCCGGAAGCCGCGCCCCCUCUCCCACAUCCAGUUCCGGACGCGCCCAGAUAUCUUCUCAUCUUCCCUCUCCGGCCGGAUAUUGAGAAGGCGGACGCGCCAGCAGUCAAGUGCUUCCGGGGGGGGGUGCCGAAGGGGGGGGGUAAGGGGGUCCGCUUGGGCUGCCUCUGGGCUACCAUUUUGGGGCACGCAAAAUCGGCAGUUUCCAAUGGGGAUUAGGGGGUCGGCAUAGGCUACCGAAAGGGUACCCGGAAGGGGUACCCGGAAGGGGUGUCCGGGAGGGGCAAAAAUGCACCCCCCUGACCACCCCCCCUGGCCGGGCCUCCUUUUCUGGGCGAAGGGCCUCGUCGAGCCCCGGUCACGGAGGCGGCCCGGCCACUUUUCGAAGAGCGGGCCCAAGACAAAGCGUCCGGCCAUCUGAACGACAAGGCACAGAACGAAGGCGCUGUGGCCUGCUUCUGGUCCUGGUGUUGCGGCAUUUCCAAAGCUCAGCCAUCAUGUUUCCUGUGGAAAAGAUGAAGUGACACGCGAGGCGUGUCGGCUUCCAAGAUGUUGCGCCCCCAACAAAAAAAAAGUUUUUACCCCCCCAAAAAGUGCGCUGGCAAAAAUGAUGCUAUUUGCCGAUUUUUCCGCCCUAAAGCAUGCUGCUGGUCUCGCGCAACAGCAGCGGAUGAGAAAAACGGUUCUCCCGAAGUACCGGAACGCGCUGCAGUUCUUCAAGACGAGCCUGAAGUACAAGAGCGGUGGCCGCACGCGGCGGCGGAUUUGCGAGGUUGUCUUGGAUGCCACACUGUGGGCCUGUCGCAACGGGCAGGAACGCGACGGGAUGGAGCUUCUCGACGACCAUUUACUAAUGGCGAAAGAGGUGGACGCCGAGGCUCUGCGGUGGCAGUCCUUUCUGCGGAACUCAGUCGCCUACGCAGAUCGGUUC